AUGGCGACAGGAUGGUGCGGAGUAAAGACUAACGUUCCUGCUGUGUUUCUGCUUCUGUGGAGCGGAGUGUGCGCUUACCGUGCUGACAGCGAGAGCCGCAUUAUCGGCAUGCGCCUGCAGAACAGCGACAAGCCCGCCGCCACCACCGAGGACGGGCUGAUCCAGGUGACGGAGGAGAGCAACAUCCAGCUCAGGUUGUAUGGCUGGAACAUCAGCAAUCACACCUGGACGCAGGUGAAGUUCGUGGAGCUUGGGGAGGGUGGUGAGGGAGGUGAGGGCGGUGAGGGGUUCAACAGGACUUGCUCUGAUUUCACCAAAGAUAUCCUGAUUAGGGCUGGCAUGAAGGUCAGCCACCAGGGCACCUCAGGGGUGAUGAGUGUUAAGAUCAAGCUGCUUAGAAAGAGUGAAGCUCAGAGGGAUUACAGCCUGUGCAUCAGGAAUGAGCAGGACGGUAAAUGGUACGUUUUGGGUGAACAGGAUGGCAGUAUACGUGUGGUUGAAGAGAAGAAGUCCUUGCUUCCUCUGUGGAUGCAGAUCAUCGUGAUUGCCUGUCUCCUUGUCUUUUCUGGGAUGUUCAGUGGCCUCAACCUUGGUCUCAUGGCUUUGGAUCCUAUGGAGCUCCGGAUCGUCCAGAGCUGUGGCACUGAAAAGGAGAAAAAGUACGCCAGGAAGAUUGAACCUAUUCGUAGGGAAGGCAACUACCUCUUAUGCUCACUCCUUCUUGGAAACGUCCUUGUCAACACCACUCUCACAAUCCUCCUGGACGAUCUCAUAGGUUCUGGUAUCGGUGCUGUAGUUGCCUCUACCGUAGGCAUUGUAAUAUUUGGUGAGAUAGUUCCACAAGCCCUGUGUUCUCGCCAUGGGCUGGCUGUUGGUGCCAACACAAUCCUGCUAACCAAAUUCUUCAUGCUUGUGACCUUUCCACUCUCCUAUCCUAUCAGCAAGCUUUUAGACUGCAUAUUAGGUCAGGAAAUAGGCACAGUCUACAACCGAGAGAAGCUGGUGGAGAUGCUGAAGGUCACUGAGCCAUAUAACGACCUAGUAAAAGAGGAGCUGAACAUGAUCCAAGGAGCGCUAGAGCUCAGGACCAAAACAGUGGAGGAUGUCAUGACUCCACUCAGUAACUGUUUCAUGAUUCACAGCGAUGCGGUGCUGGACUUCAACACCAUGUCAGAGAUCAUGGAGAGUGGCUAUACACGAAUACCGGUCUACGAGGAGGAGCGCACCAAUAUAGUAGACGUCCUCUUUGUGAAAGACCUGGCCUUUGUGGAUCCAGAUGACUGCACGACCCUGAAAACCAUCACCAAGUUCUACAACCACCCUGUCCACUUUGUUUUCCACGACACCAAGCUGGACUCCAUGCUGGAGGAGUUUAAGAAAGGUAAGUCCCACCUGGCCAUCGUGCAGAAGGUGAACAAUGAAGGUGAAGGGGAUCCGUUUUAUGAGGUCCUGGGACUUGUGACUUUGGAGGAUGUGAUUGAGGAGAUCAUCAAGUCUGAAAUUCUGGAUGAAUCUGACCUUUACAUUGACAAUCGUACUAGAAAGAAGGUCGCUCCUAACAAGAACAAGCGGGACUUUUCCGCCUUCAAGCAUGAGAGUGAAUCAAAGGUCAAGAUCUCGCCACAGCUGCUACUGGCCGCCCAUCGUUUCCUAGCCACAGAAGUAAUUCUUUUUAGCCAGUCGCAGAUCUCGGAGAAGAUCCUGUUGAGGAUUCUGAAGCACCCCGACGUGAUCCAGGAAAUCAAAUUCAAUGAGAAUGACAAGCGAUCACUUCAGCACUACAUCUACCAACGUGGCAAAGCUGUCGACUACUUUGUCCUCAUACUGCAGGGUCGUGUGGAGGUGGAAGCAGGUAAUGAGAAUAUGAAGUUUGAGACAGGACCCUUUUCUUACUAUGGUGUCAUGGCACUAACUGCGCCCACACUAGAGUUCCGGUCACCAUCUCACAUAAGUGGGCUGAACCGUUCAGCCUCUCUGAACUACACAGAUCGUUCUGAGUCUCAGUCGAUCAGUGGCAGCACCAGUCAGCUGAACAAUGCCCCAUCUACACAGUACGUUCCUGACUUCAACGUCCGAGCACUUACAGACCUGCAGAUCGUCAAGAUCACUCGAGCACAGUAUCAGAACGGUCUGAUGGCGUCUCACUUAGACAGUUCUCCACAGUCACCGGACAGCGGGACCUUGCGUAUGGAGAACAGCACCACGGCGGUGUCUCAGUCUCCAUCAGACAACACGAUCACACUCCCCCUGACAGACACUCCUCCUGAUGAACACACGUCACUCCUUAAUGAGCAGAACUGCCUUCCUGCACGCCAGUCCAGUCUUAACACACACAAAGAGAUCUAACGCACAAGGUUCAACAGAGUUACAAACACAUCCAGAAAAACUAUCAUUAAACCCACUACUCAAUAAAUGGAAACUAACAUCUAUGUAAGAAAUAAGGUUUGAAUGAGUAACACAGAAAUACAUAAACGGAACAUUAUUCAGUCAUACAAGCUUGACCUGAUAUGUGUUUGUGAGUGAGUGUGAGAGAAAAAUUGCAAUAAGGUUUUGCACCGAGACCAGUCGGCCCGAGAAUUGUUUGGACGGAUGUUCUGAUUUUGCUGAGUGACAUUGUCCCUAGUUCAAAAUUAUAUUUAAUCAAACUGACUAUAAACACUGCCACUAGCUUCUCUUCAUUUCUGAUACUGU